AUGAGUCCCUUCCGCUUAGUCUACAGAAAGGCGUGUCACCUCCCAGUGGAGAUAGAACACAAAGCUUUCUGGGCGAUACGGGAAUUCAACAUCGGAUUUGAGAAAGCUGGAGCUGAGAGGAAGUUACAAUUACAGGAACUAGAGAGCCUUCAUUUAGAAGCAUAUGAGAAUUCCAGGCUAUACAAGGAGAAUGUGAGGGAUGCACAUGACAAGAAUAUAAAGCACAGAGAGUUCAAACCUGGUGAGUUAGUUCUUGUCUACAACUCCAGGUUGAGACUCAUGCUAGGCAAGCUGAGAUCCAGAUGGGAAGGCCCCUAUAGGGUGGAAAAGGCUGAACCAUAUGGCGUCUUUCACCUGCGCCAUCCCUCAAGCCCCAAGAUCCUCAAAGUUAAUGGUCACCGCCUAAAGCUUUACCAUGGUGAGAAGAUGAAGGACAAUAAGAAACUGGAGAUCUUCCUCCUGGAAGAUCCACCAUCAGCAGACAACUGA